AUGUUAACGAGGCCGAGAGAGAGACUCCUUCUCUUCCUCUACUUUACUUCAGUAAUUUCAUCACUUUUGCUGUGUUACUACUCUGGAAUUUAUUGUCUCUACUCAAAAUGCCUACCAUCUUGGCUAGCCAAGAAUCGUCAACGUGUUCAGGAAAACGGACAACUCGUAGAAGAUGGAAGAAGUAAAAUGAGAAUAAAAAAUGAAAAUGACACAGCGAGUAGCUAUCAAAUAUUUGAAUUAUUUGUAAUAUGUACAGCAACAUUUAUCCUAUUAUUAUCAUUUAUUUGGUUACUUGCUAAUUCGAUAUUUAAAAAUGCUGAAAUUAGGCAGACGUAUGGUAGAUUUGAAAUGCCAACUGCUGUGAUAUGCUCAUUAUUUGCUGGAAUUUGCGCUGUCACCGAAUUUCACUAUUCCAUCGAUUAUUCAUUCUUGCAUUGGAGUGAUAAAUGGACAUUCGCUGGUAUUGAUGCAACAGCGCUAUCGUUUUUGCAUGCAAUUAUUGCAUUUGCAUUACAUUAA